AAUCCAACAUGGCGGCUGCCAUGGAGCUGAGAUGCUGGGGAGGAGACUGGGGUCUGCCUUCUGUCCACACGGAGUCCCUCAUAGUUCUGGCAUAUUCCAAGUUUUCAGGAGCACAAGUUACAGUUUCUCCCAUAGACUGGACCUGGAAAACUCUUACAGCAACAGUCCCAGAGUUGGUUUGUGGAGAAGCUGCAGUUAAAGAUCCCAAUCAGAUUCUCAACUUCCUGAGAAAACAGAGGUUUAAUGCCGACUAUGAGCUCACAGCAAGACAAGGUGCCGACACAAUGGCAUACAUUGCUUUGCUUGAAGAGAAGUUACGACCAGCUUUGUUGCAUACCUUCUGGGUAGAUGCAGAAAACUAUGCCAAUUUGACACGACCGUGGUUUGCUUCGCGUUCACCAUUUCCACUCAACUUCGUAGUCCCGAGUCGCCAUGCCAACAACGCCCUCUCCAGGAUCCUGCUGACAAAAGGAGAGUCGCCACUACACAGAAUCACUGAAGUUGAGGGAAAGAUCUACAGUGAUGCUAAAGAGUGCCUUAAUCUCCUCUCCUACAGACUGGGAACAGCAAACUAUUUCUUUGGCAACUCGCCAACCAGUCUGGAUGCCUUUGUGUUCGGUUUUGUGGCUCCUCUCCAUAAAGCCAGUCUUCCCAGCAGCCCUCUGCAGAGCCACCUCAGUCAGCUUGACAACCUCACACGUUUCUGUGACAACAUCCUGGCACUUUACUUCAGCUCCAACCACCCAUGUCCUCCACCUCCUCUUCAGGAAAAAAAGGAUGCCAACCUCCAGAAACUAACUCAGCUUGUAAAUAAAGAGUCCAACUUAAUAGAGAAGGUGCUUCUGCUUUGCUUUUCUCUUGUUUGCAUGGGUUCACAUUUGCACUUGGCAGAUGGACGAUAACCUUCGCAGCAGCAGCCCUCAGCACAAACCACACAGACCAGAACCCAAACCCAGUCUGGCUAGUGAGAAAAACUCCACACCUGCAUAAUCUCCAGAUAUUCAAACAAGAAAAAACUGUCAACGAAAGGUGCAAAUCUUAAUCCCACUCAAGUCAGUAAAACAAAAAUCAUCAGAUUUAUCUUGAAGGGAAAAUAACUUUAUUAAUGAAAGUAUGACUAUAUAAUUAUAGGAGAUAAUAUAGUCAUGUAACGUUUAAUUAAAAGUCUAUGUCAAAAUAAUGAUGAUAGAUUUUAAAGAUGUUAGUAUAAAGAUGGAAAAGUGCAUGUGUGAGCUUGUCGAAUAAGUUGAGUGCAUGUAUGUGGUUAAAGAUGGAAUGCUAUGAAGUGGUGCACGUUGAGAAGGACACGGAAAGUUAAAAUGAAAGCCAAAGGAAAUGAAAAGUCCAGCAGUGAAAAUAAGUGGCACCUCUGCGUCGAGCCCAUGUUCAUUUUCUUUCAACUUUUAUCUCAUUGUACGUUUCUCAACAAAUUCCAUGGUAUUUUUUGUUUUUAUGUAGAGCUCAGUGUCACUACAUUAGAAGCACCAUGAACACAGACCUGAGUUAAAGACACCUUCAUCCUUAAAGGAAAACAGUGUUUAAGUGUGAGAGUAUCACUGCGAUUAUCUCUGUAAUUAAAUCUGUAUCUAGCACUGUUUCAGAUCCUUUGUUACCAUUCUGAACACUAAUCUUUCCUAACAUCACUGUAAAUAUUUCCUGUAAAUUCUAGUAACACUUGGAUUAGUAUAAUGUACAGUAUGGAUGCACUAAAGGCUGUAGGAGAACUAGUAAUUUUAUUUUUGCUCUUCUGCUUUGUAAAGCUUGUAUAGUUGUAAAUAGCUUUAUGACUAUAAUUAAUGCAAUCACUCUACAGAUGGUUUUAUUAAAUAGGGUUGAAUAGUUCACAAUCAUUGCUAGACAAUAGAAUUAAAGAAAGGGCCUUAUAUGUUAAACAUUAAUGCAGAAUAUUUGGGAUUCAUUUGUGUGUGAGAUAUUUUUCAAGGAGUAUCAGAAAAACAUCUCUUCAGCCUUUUUCUGUGUUGUGUAACCUCUGUGACAUCGAUCCACUCACUUCUGUUUUUGCCUGUUUCUAUUUUCGUUGUUUGCUGUGCCUGUUUAAUACUGACCUUGUCUAAACCCAGGUGUCCCUUUGAAUUGCUGCUUUUUUUGUGUGUGUAACUUUCACAGUCUGAAUGAACCAGGACUGUGAAAGAAAAUGUCCACUCUUCAUCUUCACUGACCUUUUCCUGAACAUCCUCACUACUCAAAAUUACCGGACCAUCAUUGUGACUCUUUCCUGUGUGAAGUGCUAAUACUUCUAAAGAGAAAAAUUAUUACAUUCCCUUUAAAGCACCAUCAGAGCGUGUGUCAUCAGUGAAAUGAGACAACAAACAGGCUGGUGAGGACCAUCGGGUUGUGGUGUGCCUUCAUGAACGCUAAUGUCUUUGUUUGUACCAUUAACAAAAUGCUAAUAAUGUCCUUUAUAAUUUUGAUAUUUCCUUACAAAUUAUAUCUGUCAUUGCUGUUACUGUUCAUACUGUGGAUGGUUGGUGACAACUAUCUUUUACCAUUGCAAUAAAUAAUUCAACUAUG